AUGGAUGGACUACUAAAGAGACUUAAGUACCCAGGAGCGACUGAAUUUGGGGUGGAUUUGUCUCAGGCCAACAUCUCAAUUCAACUUGAUGUUGGGAAGGGAGGAAAUAGUGGCUCAAAUGCUAUAGCACCCGUUGUAGAGUGGGCUAACAACCAAAAUGGUGUGAAGCGAGAUGAAAUUUUCCCGGGUUUAACCUUGGUGAACUUUGAUCGACUAAGUGACAGUGACGAGCCAUUCAUUCUAGCAUCACUAGCUAAGCAAGUUUUUUAUGUGGUUGACAAUAUUGAUCCUAGAUGGCGUGUUGUUGCCCAAGGAAAAAGACAUAUUUUGGGUAUUGAUGAUGUUGUAGAUGAAGAUGAGUAUGACGAGUGUAAACUUGGUGAAUGUCGUAUCCUCUUAUGUGAGCCAGGUUCCAAGCACAGGUUGCAGAAAUUGCAGUUGAAUUUUCCUAGGACCGUAGCUACCAUGGAUGAUCAUCGUGAUAAUGAAAUACAGGGAAUUGAUGGAGCUAGUCAUUCUACGGGGGAAUCACAAGGUACCAACACUAGUAAAAAGACCAAAUUCCGUGGUCCGUCAAAAGGAGUUCAAGCCAAAAAGCCUAUGCAUCUUCAGUAUAAUCAAUAUGGGAUCCCCGAUGGAGAAUGGUCAGGAGAAUACGGGAAGCAAGUUGGGUCUUGUGCUGCUAGAAUUAACAUUAAUGUGAAAGAAUAUUCAACGUUAGAUGAACACACAAAGAAGGGGUUUUGGGAGGAGACCAAGCUUCUGUUCCACAUUAUUGAUGAUCCGGCUAAAAGGAGAGAAAAAUAUUUUCAUAUGUGUGUGGCGAAACGCUUUGGAGCUUUCAAGUCCAGGUUAACGCGGCGUUGGAUAACUAAGAAAGAAAAAAUGCCGAAACAUCAGACAAAUGACAUGCCUUGGGACAUCUACCAUCAAAUCACAGAGGAUGAUUGGAAAACAUUUGUGAUGGAACGAAACAAGCCGGAGAUGUUGGUUCGUAGAGAAAAAGCAAGUAAAAGUGCAUUACAAAACAAGCACCCACAUCGCACAUGCCAAAAGGGUUAUGUUAGAAAGAGACCAGAGUGGAUAAAUGAUGGGCGACUACCGCCAGAGGCAGCUUUAACCCUCUCAAGUGGCUCCUCCUCAGUGACCUCAUCACUCACCACAGCGCCAGAUAGAUUUAAGAAGUUUAGAUCAGUAGAGUGGAUCUUGGCUCAUCAAGUUAAAAACAAAGAGGGAAAGUGGGAAGUUGACCCGAAUGAUAAAGAAGCCGUAAAUAUUGCUAAGAUGGCUUUGGAGUACAUAGAAGAAGAGGGAAAAGGAAAUAUUUCAUUCACCCAGGGAGAAGAUGCCCUCACCAAGGCUAUGGGAAAAAAGGAUCACCGUGGGCGUGUCAAGGCAACAGGUGGAGUUAAUGUCGGUUACAAAGUUGCUUUCGGUCCAAUAGACCGAAGUAGUAGAUGUGGCCAUAUUGAACCAUCACCGGAGGCUAUCGAAUCAAUCAGAGCUUCGGUGAGAAGGGAGUUUGAAGAUCAAUUAGAGAGAAAGGUGGCGGAGGCCCUCCAAAACCAACUAGCCACAUUGAAAGCAAUCGGUCAACUACACACCCUCUCUACCCCCGCACUUGAUUCUGCUCUUGUAAGUGAUGAGUUUGAUGUUAACCGUGCACUCGUAACCUGUUGUCCGAGUUCAUCGCAGCAACCACGCGAGCUGAAGGCCAUAACUCCAUGUCGUCUUGCCCUUGAGGAUAAAGUUUUGGGUAACAAAGUGAUAGUGGCAGAUGGUAUGGCGUACCCAUUGGAUGGUUCGUUGCACCAACACUUUAGAUCGAUGAAGCCUAGUCAUUAUAAGGUCCAAGUUGAUUGUAUUCACGACGGACAUGAUGAUGACACUCUUCCGGUACCUACUGGAGAUGGAUUCAAUAACUUAGGCAGGGCUCUUGCUAGUUUUGUGCAAUGGCCAAUUCACUUGGUGAUUUUCGAAGAAGACGAGGAGUACUCUACUCCACGCCCAACAAAGAAGUCCAGGAGUCAGAUUUUUGAAGAGGUGGUUGGUAGCUCCAAAGAGAAGAAAAACGAAUUAAUUGUCAAAGAGAAGACAACAGAAUUAGUUGUCAAAGAUAAGACAACAGAAUUAAUUGUCAAAGAGAAGGCAACACUUGAUUUAGGGUCCAAAGAGAAGACAACACUGAAGUUAACGGCCAAGGAAAAUUCAUGCUCAAAUAAGUUGGAGUCGAAAUCGAAGUCGAAGAACUCUAAGAAAUCCAAAGAGAUGGUAGGUAGUUGUGAUCGUAAAACUGAAGAAUCAGCCGCCAAAAGUAAGAAGCAAAAUUUGGCAGACGACACAAUUCAAGGUCUUGGCCCAUCAUGCAAUUAUUUGAAGUUUAUCAUCAAUACGGCGCCCGGUGAUGUAUAUAAAAAUACUUCAAUCCCAUUGCCCGCUUCGGUUUGGCAUUAUGACGAAGAUCGACAAACUUAUGUAAAUGAGGUUGACGUUGAAGAGUUCCUUAGAGGGGCGUGCCUCAACAUUUCAGUGAUCCAAGUCUAUAUGAUGUGUUUAUUCCACGAACACACCUUUGCAUUUGACAACUCUCAGAUUGGGUUUGUUUGUCCCGAGGCAAUGUCAAGCUCUAGAAUCAAGGCCAACCCUCAGGCUGCAUCAAUGUAUUUGAAAGUAGUUUUCAAUGCUGAAAUUGAAAAGGAGAAGAAGGGUGAUCCUAACAUUACCAAGUGGUUUUUGAUCCCAUACCAUCAAGAAAAUCAUUGGAUUUUGUACGUGUUAGACCUACGUAGAGGUUGUGCGUAUAUUUUCGACUCUGCGAUAGGUUCCAACCGAGAAAAUAGUGCAUGGGGAAUCUUGUGUUUGGCAUACCAAGUGUACAAGUUUAAUGAUGGGAUUUGUCCGAAUAGAGCGACUAUGCAGGGGUUGAAAGGCUUCCAUGUAAAGUGUGCUCAACAAGUCGGCGCCCGCGAGUGUGGCUAUUACGUUAUGAAGUUCAUGCAUGAAAUAGUCACGUUACACCAUAACACUGAUGAGCGGUUAGACAAUGCUUACACUCCAAGAAAUGCGCCUUAUACCGAUGAGGAAAUAGAUGUGGUUCGUGAGCAAUGGGCUAAGUUUUUUACAACCGAGUAUUUAUUUACUUAGGUUGUUUAGACACAAAGAUGGAAGCGUUUAUAUCUUCAUGGAUUUGGUAAAGUUCUUUAA